AUGAAUUUAAAUUUUAAACAGGGUUCAAGUGGCAGUAAAUCAACGGAAAAUCUCCGCAUACAAGUGGGCGGCAAUGCCACACAAAGUGGUAAAAAAUCUCAGCAGCUAAAUCGUAUAAAGACCACCAAAUAUACUCUGUUAACAUUUUUACCCAUUAAUUUUUACGAUCAAUUUCGAAGGGCGGUAUAUUUUUAUUUCUUGGUAGUGACCAUAAUAUCGUUUUUCAUCAAUAGUACACUUUCACCCAUGGUCUCAUUGAUCCCGCUACUGUUUGUUAUGAUUGUGACGGGCAUUAAGGAGGCCCAUGAAGAUUAUCAACGUUAUAAAAAUGAUAACUUGGUGAAUUAUUCAAAGGUUACCGUUUUACGUGAUGGUCAGGAGCGGGAAAUUGAAUCUCGUUAUGUAUGCCCGGGCGAUUUGGUUGUAGUUCGUUCCGAUUGUGAUGUACCCUGUGAUGUGGUUUUAUUGCAUUCGACCGAUAAGAGUGGUAAAUGUUUUGUUACCACUGCCAAUUUGGAUGGUGAAACAAAUUUGAAGACAUUAACGAUACCGAGAGGUCUACCGGAGAUCAACGAUUUAAUCGAUUUAAAUCGACUGGGAGUGAUUGAGUGUGAAAGUCCGCGAACAGAUUUAUAUAAAUUUAAUGGAAAAAUUGAAGUAAAUGGUACGUCAAUGGUGCUGCCUUUGACAAGUGAUAAUCUUCUGUUGCGCGGAUCGAAGGUUAAGAAUACGGAAAAGGUUAUAGGAUGUGCAGUUUAUACGGGGAUGUCUACAAAAUUGCAGCUAAAUAGCCGUUAUACAGGAAAUAAGUCAGCUUCAAGUGAAAUCUAUAUUAACAAAUUUUUAAUAUUUUUGGUCGUGCUGAUGGUGGUUGCCUGCAUUAUCCUGUAUAUGUUGGGAAGAUAUGAAGAAAUUAAUACCAUACCAUUUAUGGAUUAUUUGGGUCCACCGAUACAAGUCAAUGCCAUUACAAAUAUUAUUGAAGAUUUUUUGGCAUUUUUGAUUCUGUUCAAUUAUAUGAUACCGAUAUCGAUGUAUAUGAAUAUUGAGCUAUAUCGUGUAUUGAAUGCCUUCUUUAUACAACAAGAUCAGAAAUUAUAUGAUUCGGAGACAGAUCAACGAGCUGUGGUAAAUUCCUCUAACCUCAAUGAAGAUUUGGGCCAAAUAAAUAUUUUAUUUUCGGAUAAAACUGGAACAUUGACCAAAAAUGAAAUGAUAUUUCAACAAUGUUCAAUUGGCGGAGUGAAAUAUAUGUACCGUAAUUAUUUUUUGGAAAAUGUGGAAACGAAGAAAAUGUUGAGUGUAAAGGAAUUUGAGGAUAAAGAAGUUGAGUUCUUCCGGGCUUUGACAUUGUGCCACACGGUACAAAUUGCCCAAAGCCCACUGGAGGAUACUGCCUAUGAUCUAUUGGAAUAUCAGGCAUCCAGUCCCGAUGAGAAAGCUUUACUGGAAGCUUGCCGCCAAUUGGGUUUCAUUUAUCUUGGAGAGGAUAAUGAUCUGUUAAAAGUUAAAAUUUUGUUAGAUUCCAAAGGCAGUGAAUCGAAAAUUGAAACCAAUAAACGUUUAAACACUUUGGAAUUUUCUUCGGAACGCAAACGUAUGAGUGUUAUCGUGGCGGACAGCGAAGAUCGUAAAUGGUUAUAUACCAAAGGUGCAGAAAGUGCAGUCUUUGAAUUGUGUUCGGAAGAAUCGAAAGUGAUGAUAAGGCAAACAGAUCCUCAUAUCACAGAAUUUGCCAAGGAAGGUUUGCGAACAUUGGCUGUAGCUAGAAGGCUCAUACCCGAAGAUGAAUAUGAAGAAUUUUGUAAUGAUCUGAUGAUAGCCCAGAAUACCCUGGAAAGUAGGCAGGAGUUAAUGGAUGAAUGCUAUAAACGUGUUGAGUGUGAUUUGGAACUAUUGGGCGCCACUGCUGUGGAGGAUGCUUUACAAGAAAAUGUAUGCGGAACUCUAACAGCAUUACAAAAAGCAGGCAUGAAAAUAUGGGUCUUGACUGGUGACAAAGUGGAGACAGCUGUGAACAUUGCUCUAGCCUGUGGUCACAUACCACCGGAUGCCCAACAACAUUUCAUUGUGAAUUAUCAUAACAAAGAAGAUGUCAUGGAUGCUUUACAAAAACUGGAGGGAAAUUGUGAAAAUAAUAACGAGAACUCAAAACAUGCCCUAAUUAUGGAUGGUCCAAGUUUGGCUAUAGCCCUAAAAGAAAUACCCGAAGAAUUCCGUAAUACAGCCCUGAAAUGUAGCGCCGUACUAUGUUGUCGGCUCAACCCUCUGCAGAAAUCCGAGGUUGUUACCUUGGUUAAGAAACAAAAAGGCUUUCUCACCGCCGCCAUUGGUGAUGGUGCCAAUGAUGUGUCCAUGAUACAGGAGGCCGAUGUCGGCAUUGGCAUUAUGGGUAAAGAAGGUCUACAAGCGGCACGUUGUUCAGAUUUUUCUAUAGCGAAAUUUUUUAUGCUUCAACGAUUGCUGCUGGUUCAUGGUCACUAUAAUACGGCACGUCUUUCGUUUUUGGUGUUGUUCUAUUGUUACAAGAAUAUUUUGAUUACUGGAAUAAUGGUUCUGUUUCAAAUAUAUGAUUUGUUUUCAUCGACAUCGGUCUACCAUUCGCUGUAUAUGUGGCUGUUCGAUGUGAUUUAUAUAUCGUUUAGUUUCACCUUUUUGGCUAUUAGUGAGAAGCCAUAUUCGGAGGAGGUGUUAAUGGGAAAUCCCCAUUUAUAUCAACAAAAUUCCCAAAAUCGUCAAGUACGUUGGACGGUAUUUCUUCGCUGGAUAUUAAACGGAGCUUUCCAUUCUAUUGUUGUCUUCUUCUUUGCUUAUUUCUUCCUAACACUUAACAAUGUUAUACUCAACGAGGGGCAAACGGCUGAAUAUUAUAUUUUCGGAUCAAUUCUAAUACAGCUGGUUGUUGUGGUUGGCAAUUUGAAGUUAAUGCUGGAAUCCCACUACCUUAGCUACGUUUAUAUUGGCAUUAUCAUUGCUUCUUUCCUUGGUUUCAUCUUGAGUACGGUUAUAUACAACUUUAUUGAUUUUCCCAAUAACCCUGGUUUAUAUCAUGCCUAUAAUCGUGUCUUCACCUCUCUACCCUGUUGGCUGUUUACAAUUGUAACGGCCGUGGCUUGCCUGGUGCCCGAUUAUACCGCCAAGGUGGGCACCCGUGUCAGUGUUAUUGAGGAAUCUUUGAAAAUACCAAUUGGUGGUAAUGAUGGUGUUGAAAGGAAACGUCGUCGGAAUAAACCAAAUCAUGUAAAAACAACAAAAUAUAGUUUGUUAACAUUUUUACCCCUAAAUAUGUUGGAACAAUUUCGUCGAAUUGCUAAUGUUUACUUUUUGAUAAUGACAAUUGCAUCGUUUUUAAUUG